CAUGUGCGAAGAGCGAGCUUACCCGUUCCAGUUGCAGUAUUGAACAAGAAGUUACAAGGGUGCGAUCUUGAAGGAUGGGGCGACUUUCAUAGCCUACAUUUCCCAUGGAUGCAGAUGGAUUGUUUCGGAAUAAAUACAUAAAAUAACCCAAAGGAAAAAUAAUUGAUAAUUGAUUACUGGACACCAUGAACGACACACUGAACAACUCGCACGGUACAGAUGAUGGGACUGUUGCAACGAUGGCUGUGCCUGUCCUCAUGUUUGCAGUUGGCGUAAUUGGAAAUACUAUAGCAAUAGUCGCCCUUUCCAGAUCUAAACAAGAGCAAAAAUCGUCUGCGUUUUACUCACUAGUAUGCGGUUUGGCUGUAACUGAUCUGCUUGGGACAUGUCUUGCUAGCCCAAUCACUAUCGCUACUUAUCUUAAUGCAAAGGUACUCGAAGACAGGCACCUCUGUGAAUUCCAUGCAUUUCUCUUACUGUUUUUUGGCGUCCUUGGACUAAGUAUUACAUGCGCAAUGUCUGCUGAGCGAUACUUAGCCAUGUGCCAUCCGUACACUUAUCAAAGAUGGGGAGUUGAUCGAUGUUUUGCACGCCAGUUCCUGUUUUUAAUCUAUAUAGCAAAUGUAGUUUUUUGUUGUCUUCCAAUGAUGGGUAUGGCGAACAGCAUUCCUCAAUCGUCCCACACAUGGUGCUUCAUUGACUGGAGGACACAACAACCUUUACCUGCCACAUAUUCUUUCUUAUAUGGAAGUGUGAGUUUUCUUCUCAUAUUGAUAACCAUAGUCUUAAACUUUACCGUUUGUGGGACUCUGAUAAUCAUGCGUCGGACUACAAUCCAAAAAUCCGUCACACGGGGAAGUGCGCGAGAACGAUGGAAGGCAAUCUCAUCAGGCGCAGAGGUUCAAAUGAUGAUUGUUCUCAUGGUGAUCUCUGUGGUGGUUUUAAGCUUCUCUGCGCCAUUGGUGGUACGCGUAUUUGUUAACCAGAUAACACUACAAGAUAAUUUCCAGGCAGAUUUGACGGCUAUUCGGGCUGCCUCUGUGAACGCCAUUCUGGACCCCUGGAUAUAUAUUCUCCUUAGAAGGACUCUCUUUUGGAAGAUUCGGGUCUUGUGUAAAAGGGUUUGUCACAGUCGCCAAGGAGCCGUUUCGGCUAGCCCGCAGAGGAGUUACGUUUACCCAGAAAACGUGUGUGACACUAACAAGUACACUCACGUCUUGGAGGCAAUGUGCAGCUCUACCAUCAGUGCACAGAUUCCUGUCAUGGUAACCUACGCCACUAAAGCUAAACCUACUCCAACACAUUUACCUUAAACCGAUCUAUUCAACAGUGACACUCCAUUAAA